AUGAGGCUUUCGCUGGUGCUACUGUGGUUGGGUGCGGCGGCGGCAUGCGGCCCGGGCCGCGGCUUCACCCGCCGCCACGGACCGCGCCGCCUCACGCCUCUCGUCUUCAACCAGCACGAUCCCAAUAUUAGUGAAAACUCGAAAUCCGCUAGUGGCCCUCCCGAGGGUCGCAUUACGAGGGAAGAUGAAAAGUUCAAAGACUUAGUGCCCAAUUAUAAUCCGGACAUAGAUUUUAAGGAUGAUGAGGGCACCGGCGCAGACCGCCUCAUGACGCAGCGAUGCAAAGAAAAACUAAAUACGUUGGCAAUAAGCGUAAUGAACCAGUGGCCAGGAGUUCGUCUCCGGGUGAUCGAGGGCUGGGAUGAGGAAAACUCCCACCUCGAUAACUCCUUGCACUACGAGGGUCGCGCCGUUGAUCUCACCACCAGUGAUCGGGAUCACAGCAAGAACGGAAUGCUCGCGCGCCUCGCCGUAGAGGCUGGCUUCGACUGGGUCUUCUACGAGAGCCGCUCCUACAUCCAUUGUUCUGUGAAGACAGAAUCGUCCGUGGGAACAGGUGCUGGGUGCUUUCCUUCUGGAUCAGUGGUUCACACACUGGAGGGUCCUCGUGAUAUUGCUACACUUAGGAAAGGCGAUAGAGUGCUAGCCGCUGAUGAUACAGGAAAAAUGAUAUAUUCUGAGGUGUUGACGUUCAUUGACCGAGAUCUAAAUGCAACAAGGCAGUUUGUCGAAGUGACAGCAGAGAACGGUGUCGUUAUAACUGCCACGCCUUCGCACUUGUUGCUGCUUGCAGACGCUGAUGGCUGGCGGGAUACUUUUGCUGCUAAUGUAAAAAUAGGUGAUGUUCUCCUUACACGAGGGCCAAGUAGUGUAAUGCGACCCUCAAAAGUUGUAAAAACUAGAUUAGUUUCUAAACGAGGAGUGUUUGCCCCAUUAACGAAAUCUGGAACUAUAAUAGUCGAUGAUGCUUUAGCUUCCUGCUACGCUCUUGUAAGUAGCCACUUGUUGGCUCACACCGCUAUGGCUCCAUUAAGAUGGAUGUCCGGAUGGAGCAGCGAGAAAAUUGUCCCUCGUGGCGUCCAUUGGUACGCUAAUGCCCUUUACAAUAUCGGAAAUUUUGUCCUGCCCUCAUCAUACAAAUAUCGC